UCUCUUGGUCCAUAGUUUCAGUCAUUUAGUCAAAAAAAGAAAAUUAUAUUAACUAUUUAGUAUUCACUACAGAUGGAGAACACUACAGAUGGAGAAAAUGAGAACACGUUGAAAUUAUGAAUUCACCCGUCACCCGUGAGCUUGCAGAAAUAUGUUAAAAUAACCAAAAAUCAGUAUUUUAAAAGUAUUAUCCCAGUUUAUUUAAAAAUACUUUAAAUAUAAUUUGCAUUCCCAAAUACAUUUUUCUCUUCAAAGAUCCAAGUAAAUUUUUGCUAUUUUAUAAUAAAAAAUAGACAAAUGAAAAAAUAAAGCCAUUAAAAAUAUAACGUGUUUGAGAAAAUUAUGAAGAAAAAUCUUAAAUGCGUUUAUUGUAGCAUUUAAAUAUGGAUAUUCAUUUUCAUAAUUGAUUUUUCUAUUGCACCUUACUCUUUAUGUUAGGUCUCAAAAUAUCAAAAACAAUAAGUAUUAUAUUUUCAAUUAUAUUUUGUCAUAAUCUAUCAUAAAUUUAUUUGUUGUAUUAAAAAUAAAUAUGCUUAACUUAAUGAAAAUUUACAACAAAACAAAUUAAUGAAUCAAAUAUAACACUCUAAACUAUAUUUUAUGUGUUGUAUAUAUCUCAAAUUUUAAACAUAAAAUAAUUUCUACAUAUUCUAUUUUGAACUAUUUUCCGUUUACAAGGUCUUUAUUUGAAUGCAACUAUUUUAUGCAAUUGUUAUCCAUAUUUAUAAAAUAUUUAAUUAAUAUAAUCAUAUUUUGAUUUAUAAUUCUGAAAUUGCAGUUUUAUCAUCAAAUAAUUUUAAAAACAGUUAUUUUGAUUCGUGCGUAGCACGAGGGUAACACUAGUAUCUCAAUAAAAGCCUAAAAUUGUACUAAAAAAGAUCACGCUGAAUCUACUCCUCCUCAUCUCUAGCUUACGGUGUCAUGGGGUUAGGGGUAAUUAGGGCUAAAAUAGGAAAGGGGGAGACAAGUGGCUACAGUGACUGGGGUUUUUUUUUGGUUUCGGGUAGACUUCUAAUUUCUGAUCUAUUUAUGUAUAUUGAGCCAAUAAUCUCUAAGAUUUAUCAUGUUCUUAUUGAAGAAUGCAGCAUAUGAAGUGUUCCUCAAAUGAAGAACUUAUCUCUCAAGCUAGAAUAGGCAGGCCAUUGAAAUAAUGAAAUGAAAAUUGGCUUAGUUUUUUUCAUUAUCAGUUUUAUUUGGUAAAUCUUUGAUCUUAAGCAUUUAGAGAAUAUCAUUUGUUUUUCUAGCAAAUAAAAUAAAAUAAUUAUAAUAAAAAACUUAGAGACAGCAGCAACGGAGGUUGUUCACGUGACAGUUGAUACUGACAACCUAUUAGUGGUGAAUCAUAAGCUUAAUCAAUUUUAAGAGGUCGCAUCAAAGUCCUACAAAAGCUUAAUAAAUUUUAAUCAUUACAAAUAAUGUGGAUUUUACUCAACAAACCGUCAAAAGUAUGAUUACCAUCUAGCGGCCAAUAUUUGAUUUUAAUAUUUAAUCGUGAAGAUAUCUUUCUGAUCUGGUCUAAUGAAGUGGUGAUUUAUCAUCACCUUUCUCGUGGGUUCUAUUAGAAAAUGAUUAAAGCUAGUUGCUUGGUAUUUAAUAUACGAAUGCACAAACCGGUUACCGCUUAUCCUUUACCCUUUUGUGGCCAUGCGACCGUUAUAUACCUUACGGCCGAUCGCAGUGGGUGUCCACAUGUUCAGCAAAUUGAUCAUUACGAUAUAUCAUGUGUGAACUAUAUUUUUGUUAGAGAAAAGAAGACAUAUGCUAAACGUUUUUUUUAAAUACUAGUUCAGAUAACUAUUUCCCAUUACAAUAUACAGCAGUUCGAUUACGUAACCCACUCACUAUACCAAGUGGAAAAUGACGACUAAGUUAAGUAAUCCACAUGACAUGCAUUCUAACAUCAUAACAAACGACUUUUUUUGAGCAACUUACAAUUAGAGAAGAAAAAAAAAACUUACGUUUUUGGCUAACUUGUGCGUAGAUGUGGAAACAAACAGCUAAUAGUCUUUGGAAGGAUCAAAAGAGAAACAACAACCUGGUACAGCCGUCGUUACUUUUGACUCUCCAAUUCAAGAUUCGUUGGCUUUCAAGUCUUCACCGAUAUAUACGGCGACUCUCCAAACCAACGGUCCAGAUUCGAUAUAGAGUACCUCUUCCUUGGAAAUAUAUUUAAUGCCGACAUUGUCCCUUAAUAUACAACAACCCCAACAGGCAACAACAAAACACAAACCACAAAACAGGGCUCCGGCGAUUCUCUAGUCUUCAGACGGCUGUCGUUUCGUCAGAGUCACUGAGAUCCGGCAUUUCAAAGUUAGUUGAAGAAGCUGACAUCAGGUGUUUCAUUAUGUCACUAUGCGACGCUACUGUCUUUAGUAAAAGGUCUGCAAAAUGGUUGCUCAGGGAUUCUCUGUGGAUCUUAAUAAGCCCCUUGUAUUUCUGGUUGGUCAUCUCGGUGAAACCUACGAGGAAUGGGUUCACCAACCCAUUGUGACAAAGAAAGGCCCUCGGUUUUUCCACAGUGACUUUUGGGAGUUCUUGACUCUUACAGUUUGGUGGGCGGUUCCUGUCAUUUGGUUGCCAGUUUCAGUCUGGUGCAUCUCCAUGUCGGUAAGCAGGGGCCUUUCACUUCCAGAAAUCGUCCCAUUGAUAGCCUUGGGAAUAUUUAUCUGGACGUUGAUAGAAUACACUCUUCACCGGUUCCUUUUCCACAUAAAGACAAAGAGUUACUGGGGAAACACGGCACACUAUCUUAUUCACGGAUGCCAUCACAAGCACCCAAUGGACCAUCUUCGACUCGUCUUUCCUCCUGCUGCUACAGCAGUUUUAUGCUUUCCUUUCUGGAACCUUGUGAAGCUUUUCACAACUCCUUCAGUCACACCUGCACUGUUUGGAGGCGGCAUGUUUGGGUACGUGAUGUACGAUGUUACUCAUUACUACCUUCACCAUGCACACCCAACUAGAGCAGUGACCAAAAAUCUCAAGAAAUACCAUUUGAGCCAUCACUUCAGGAUUCAUGACAAGGGAUUUGGUGUAACAUCGUCGCUAUGGGACAUAGUUUUUGGGACACUUCCAACCACCAAAUCUCCCAAAAGAGAGCAAUAGAAAAGGAUAUCUUUAAUUAUGAAUCUUCCCUCAUGAGUUUUGAGAUGUUUAGCUGAAGGGGUUUCAUUUAAAUCACUAUAUUGUAAAUCAAUGUGUCACAUCCUAGUCUUGGUGUGUUUCUCAGCGAAAGCAACCAACAAUAUAUACUAACGUGUAAGAUUAUAUACAAUGGUUUCAAGAUUCAACAUCUUCCAUUUUAUUUUUUA